AUGCAAUCUAUUGUCGAUCAAAACGGAUUACACGGUCUGCUGGGCGAACGAUCAAGAUUGCCGGAUCACUCUGCACUUAUCACAACAUUCUAUACAGCCUAUUCGGAUAAUGUAGGCCAAUUAUCGUCUGCUGGUCAAGAGACCAGACGACAAAAAUUUAAGGUGAGAACUGUGCCGGACGAUUUCAUAGAUAGUGAACUCGCUCGGGUUGCUAUUAUAAACUGUAUAUCGCGGAUUGAAUGUUGCCGUGACUCACAGAGUGAUAUUGACGGAAUUUAUAGUGACUUGUGUGAAUCAAUUAUUGCAGAAAUGGAUAUGAAACUCCCGAAAUAUCAAGCCCCUUCUACAAACAAAAGACAUAAAAUUAAGAAACCAUACUGGAACUAUACAUUAUCAGACUUAUGGAAUUCCUUAUGUAAGAAAGAGCAGGAGUUUCUAAAAUGUAAUGGAAAUUAUCGUGUGAAAACGGCAUUAAGACGAGAUUAUAUGACAGCUCGGGACCUAUUUGAUAAGACGUUACGUCAAACGGAACGUUCUUACAAAAGAACAAAAGCAAUAGAAAAAGAAACUAUGACAACUAAUAACCCGAACGAGUUCUGGGAAAAAAUAAACAAGAUCGGCCCAAGGGGGGAUAAUACUAUACCGUGUGAGAUUAUAGAUGACAAUGGGAAUGUAGUACGCAAUGAGCGGGAAGUUUUGGACAAAUGGAAGCGAGACUUUGAAAAUUUAUACAAUGGUACAGACAACAGUGAAUUUGAUAGACUAAGUGUGCAUUAUCAUCAAUCUAAAGUUCAUAAAUUGCUUAUUGAAAACAAUAUGAAUGAUCCGCUCUAUACAUCGAAUAUAUUGCUGAACGGAAAUAUUACGUUUGAGGAAAUAAGCAAACUUGUUAUGAAUGCAAAAUCUCGUUCUGCGUGUGGAUUUGAUGAAAUUCCGUAUUUUGUGUUGAAGUGUCCACCAGUUAUCGCCAUUCUGAAAGAACUGUUUCAGUUAAUAUUCGAUACAGGUAUCAUUCCUACAAUUUGGCGAAAGUCUAUAAUUUGUCCUAUCUUAAAGGAUGCAUCAUCAGACAAGAGAGUACCCAUGAACUACAGGGGUAUUAGUUUGUUGUCCUGUGUGAGUAAACUUUAUACUGGAUUUAUCAAUAAAAGACUGUGUCCGUAUCUGGACGAAAACGAAAUACUAGAAGAUGAACAAAAUGAAUUUCGAAGAAACAGGUCUUGCGAAGACCACGUGUUCACUUUGAAUGGGAUAAUACGUAACAAUUCCACUGUGUUCACGGCAUUUAUCGACCUACGUAAAUGCUUUGACUUUAUCGAUAUAGACAUGAUGCUGUACAAAUUAUUGCUAAAUGGAAUUGACGGGAAGCUGUAUACUUCUAUCAGAAAUAUAUACCAGCAAUCUAGUGCGUGCGUUCGUGUGAAUAAUAAGCUAACAGACUGGUGUACAUGUACCACAGGGGUGAAGCAAGGAGAUUCGGCGUCGCCGGCCAUCAUUUCAAUAUUCGCGAAUGACCUAGUGAAGGAGGUCAAUGAACUUGGUCUUGGGUUCGACCUUGAUGGUAGAAAGCUUUCAACAUUGUUAUAUGCCGAUGAUAUAGUUUGUAUCGCAAAGACAGAGGAAGACCUGCAGCGCAUUCUAGACAAGUUACGUGACUUGUGUAGACGAUGGCGCGUACUAAUCAAUACUGAUAAAUCUAAAUGUAUUCAUUUUCGUCGAGGUCGCGCUUCGGCUACAGAGAAGUCAUUCAAAAUUGGUGAUAAUGUUCUAGAACUCGUCGAUAGUUACAAAUACCUUUGUGUGAUGUUUCAUUGCAAGGGCGAUUUUACUCAGAAUGAUGACAUUCUUUCUAAAAGUGCGGGAAGGGCUCUUGGAAAAGUCAUACCACGAUCACUAAAGGAAUUCGGCUGUAAAACCUUUGAAAAACUUUAUGAUUCAUGUGUUGUGCCAAUCAUGGAUUAUUGUUCGAGCGUGUGGGGAUACAGGAAGUUCCAGUGCAUAGACAAUGUUCAACAUCGGGCGAUACGCUGCUACUUAGGAGUACACAGGUUUGCUCCUAUAUUGGCUAUAACUGGAGACAUGGGCUGGAUACCUUCAAAUUACAGACGUUGGACUAAUAUGAUACGUUAUUAG